UCGUAAUGUACAAAUUGUAAAUUAAUGAAAAUUUAAAAUAAUAUACUAAUGAAAUAGUAAAUUUGUAAUUUUGUAAAUUAUUAUAAUAUUAUAUUAAGUACAUACAUUUUAAUAAUUUUAAUGAUUGCAUAUUUUUCAGUGCACAAGUUAAAUUCAUUUUUAAAAAUAUUGACUCGUACAGACCAAUUUGUAUUUGAUUUUUGUGAUAAUCUAUUUUUAUUUUACUCAAAUAUGUUUUCUAGUUAAUAGAUUGAUAUUUGUGUUCAAGUAUGCAAUGUAAAAAUAACAAGGAAGAAAAAAAAAUACUCAACUGCAUUUGUGAAGUCAAUAUUGAUGGAAAAAUGGCUUUAGUAUCUUUGUAUGAUGAUCUUCCUCAUUUUGAGUACGACCUGACAAUUGAUAAUUUGAAGAAUUCAGUUACAAAACUGAGAUCAUUUGUUCAAGAACUGAAACAACGUAUUAAAAAAUUGGAAAAUGAAAAUACAAAUUUCCAAACUGUUAAUAAUGUACUGUCUAAAAACAUUACAUCACUAUAUAAAACUGCUAGCAUUGAAAUCCAAAGGAAAGAUAAAAUAAUUGAUGACCUUCGCAAAAGUCAAGUUGUACCAUCCACAUCAAAAAUGUUUUCUUCUACUAUUAAUUUUAAAAUAGAAAAAACUGAAGUCAAUAAAUCGUCUGAUAGCAAGAAAAAUAUAGAGGAAACUGAGAAUACUAUAGAAAAAACCGAAGUACUAAAUCCAAAUAAUAAUGAUAUUACUACGACCAUUAUCAUUAAGCCUAAUAUUGAUAUUCCUAAAACAAUUUAUCAUAAAAGGAUGUGUCAAAAAUUAGCUCAACAAAAUGAUACCAUUGAUUUCCAAAAAAAAGAUGUCAGAACAGAUAGAAAAUACAAAUACCGACGAUAAGAUUACACAAGAUAAAAAUGAAGAACUUAAUAA